AUGAGCGAUUUCUACGAGGUCGUCGACCUCACCGCAAACAUUGAAUCCAUCUUAAAGCGAUACCCGUUUAGUAUAGGCAUAUUUCGUGAGCUAUUACAAAACUCCGACGACGCAAGGGCCACCAAGCAGGCCUUCAUUCUUGACCUUCGAACGCACGCCAGUGACCGGCUCGCUGACGAGAAGCUCAAUGUGCUUCAGGGUGCUGCACUGCUAGCUUGUAACGAUACUGCUUUUACUGAGAAGGAUUGGAAUGCAUUGAGAUCUAUCAACGGAUCCUCGAAAAAGACUGAUACUUCCACAAUUGGCAAAUACGGCAUAGGGAUGCGUUCUGGCUAUCACUUGACAGACAACAUCGAAGUAUACUCUGCAGGCAGUCUGGUCAUCUUCGAUCCACAUCGCACCUUGAUCCCCGAAGGUGGUAAGAAGUGGGACACGACCUCCCUCCAAGAGCGAUCUCCCGACCAGCUAUCUCCCUUCCGUGGACUGCCCAUCCUGGAUACUGUUGUUCGGCUCCCCCUGCGGACACCUGGGCAUCACAGUCGUCUCAGCACCAAAGUCCCUCGACCAGACGAGAUCAGGACGCUUAUGCAACAGUUCGUCGAGGACGAACUUGCCAUGGUCUUACUCUUCCUGUCUCACGUCGAGGAGAUUGAGAUGUUGGAGAUCAGUGAUGAUUGCCAAAGACUGAUCGGGCGCUGCCAGAUCAACCGCGAAGCUACUCCACGCGAGCAAAAUGGAGGUUUACUCAUAGCAGAGCAGGUCUAUUCGAGUGUUGCGACCAUCGCCGUAGAACAAUUCGAUGCCGGAGGCCAGUCAACCGGUUCCAAGUCGCAAGCAUGGCGGGUCCUACAUGCGUCGUUCUCCAAGCAAUCCUGCAUCGAUGCUCUCCGUGACCGUCUGGGCCGAAUCAAAGACUACGACAUCGUUGUUGAUGUCGACAGCGAGAAGCUGUGCCCGGCGGAUGGCAGUCCUGUCGCAAUCGCGGUGCCACUCAUGUCAAAGCCUUUGAUGAACGGAAGGCUUUUUACCUAUCUUCCUCUCCCACUGGCAACCGGGUUUCCUUGUCACAUACAUGCCCUCUUUGCCCUCACCGACGCGCGCGACCACCUACGGAAUGCGGGAGAGAAGGUCUUGGAUUAUACCCGCGACAAAGUGCUUAUAGAAUGGAAUCGCGUACUCUUCGAGAACUUCAUACCGAAGACGUGGGCGCUCUCGCUCCAGAACCUGCGACAGCGAGCGGAGAUAUCUGACCUCUACGACGUCUGGCCCUCUCUGCAACAUCAGGCGUCGAGCGGCGAGUCUGUAUACUGGCAUCGUAUGCCUGCACAAGUACUACAGGCCAUACUAGACCGCGAUCUCGCUGUCUGGCCCACAUUCUCCAGCACACCUCCGGCGUACACUAAGUUAUCAGCCGUCAUCGUUGCUUCUGUCCAGACACCUCGAUCUGCUCUCGAAUCGCUUGUAUCUGCCGGCUUGAAGAUUGUACAACCACCCGCUUAUAUUUUCGACAUGAUCGAGAAGGCGAAGCUCUACCACAGGGAUUCUGCGAAGAUCCUUACACCGCGAACCGCACACGCUGCGCUGUUGCUCGUGUCUUCCGACCUGCCGGCACUCCCUGCAUCCGAUAAAGAAGCGAUCUUGUCGUAUCUAUUCUUGUCGAACGAAUUGUCCUUUUUAGCCGAGCUGCCAAUUGUCCCCACUGUCUCGGGGCAGGUCAUUAUGUUGCAUACGACAUCGCAAUCGAGGCAUACCCUUCUCAAUAAAGAAGAGGCCGAGCUCUUCGGAAGUCAUGAUGCCAAUGCGAUAGCGCUCGACCGACUUCCGUCCCUCAUCUCGGCUGCAUUAUGUCGAAGUGGAGAAGCGUCUUUGAAUGUUGCCCGCAUGGACUGCAAGCGCGUUCUCGAGUACUUGCAUCAAGAAUUGGACGGUGUCCUGCCGCGUGCUUGCGAGGAGCGCGCUGCAGACGACACGAUCCGCUGGCUCUUUAGAUUUUGGAAGUGGUUGCCGCAGUGGCCACUGCGUAUCGAACUCGUCGCUGCCGCGAAGCCCUUGGCGUUGCUCGUCGCCAACGAUGGGCGCUUACGAGUGCUUGAGGAGGGGAUCUUUCUCGGGAGCGAAUUAGACGCCACCUUGCGCGAGAUGCUAGAGAAGUUGGGACUACAUUUCUUGCAUCCGUCCUUCCCACCAUCCACUGUCUCAGUCAUCGCCCGAACUAUCAUCUUGGACCCAUUCAACGCACCCAGCAUCCUUGAUAACCUUCAAACCGUCGAUGCCUCUCAUCCAAGUUUUAGCGAUGCGGAAGUACAGCUACUCGGUACACAUUUGGCCUCGUGUCUGGUGCGUGCCGGCCGUCUUUCGACUGAACGUAAAUCGCGAUUGUGUUCCCUCCCGGUAUAUCGUCUAUUCUCUUCCGUCGCGACUUCUGCUGGGUGGGAGCUCAGGCCAUCUCUGGCCUCUAUACCUAUCACGUCACGCAUAUAUCGCAUAUUUGGUGCGAAAGACGUGUUCCUCCCCAUCAUUCCUAAUGCACUGUUCGUAUUGGCGUCCGGAUGGGAAGGAGACCUUAUCGAGGCCAUUGAUAUGCAGUCCGCAACCAGAGUCCUCAAGGCAUCUGACGUCGUGACUCUUUGUAUCAAAAAUCUCGUCGAACAGAGUCCUGCAUGGCAACUAGCCUUCCUGGAGCAUCUCGACGCACGACCUCACCUACUGUCGUACUCAGAUAAAGGCACCUUGCGAAAGUCACCUUUCAUUGCAGUGGGACAUGGAAAUAGUCGUCGGCCUCCCGAAGACGUCGUCGAUACUAAUUCACCAAUCGCAACGUUGGUGCGUGUGGAUGAGGAGAGGUAUCCAGCAAGCUGCGACGCGGGCAUAUAUCACCGAAUGAUGGAUCCCUUGCGAAGUCUCGGCCUACUACGCAAUUGCCUGUCAGUCGACUUCGUCGGAGACCGUAUCCAAUACAUAUCGAAGUUGUCCAAGUCCUCAGCCGAAGAUGCAGACAAGCUCGCUCGUUCAUUAAUCAAAAUGAUCGCAGACACUUCCUUCGACUGUAGCCACCUUCGCCUGAACGACACCGUUGAAUGGUUGCCAACCCCUCGAGGGAUGUGCUCACCUUCGGCAUGUAGAGAUCGAUCCUGCCGACAACUCGUCGAUCGGGUCAUGCCGAUUCUAGACAUGGAGAUCUCCUCAGCAUUGCGACAAGCAUUGGGAUGGAGUAUGCCUGUUCCGAUUGAUGUUCUCAUGAGUCAAAUGAAGGCUGUCGUCUUGGAAGAACACAACGCCGAAUACCUGUACCGCUUGAUCCGCGAGUUUGGAAAUCGCCUCUCAGACUUCUCCACGCAUCUAGGGACUUUGCAGAAUAUAGUCCAGGAUCAUGCAUGGAUACCUAUCUCAUGGGAGCCCAUACGUAUCGCAACCACAUCACAGGCAGUGUUUUCACGAGAAGCGGAUGGUCUCCCCGGAUUCUGGACUAUACCCUCUGAUUUAGUCGCCCUGAAGGGUGUCAAAUCACUUCUCCUGAAAAUGGGUUGCAACGAGAAGCCAUCUACAACAGCGAUACUGCAGCGAAUUGCAGACGAGAAGAAAAAGGAGCCUCGCUGCAAUCUGCGACAGGUGGUCAGAUUAUUGGACGCCAUCGGACAUCUUCCGGAAGACCACAAUCAGGAGCUCAUGCCAGUGUUUGUCCCUGACGUGCGUGGGAAUCUCCGGCGGCCUGAUGAAGUCUAUUACGAUGACUUGGGAACACGAGCAUUAGAACUUGCUCUUCCAGCAGGUUUCUACAAAAUGCACACCCUCGUUACCGACGAUAUAGCGACGCGCCUAGGAAUACGAUCUCUCAGCUCAUGGCACCUUGGCCUUUUGGAUGACGAUGAAGAUAUGCACGAGGAUUUGACAACUAGGAUCCAAGGCGUCUUGAGAUCCUAUUCUGUCACACAGUCGUUCAACGAGUUCCUCGCGAACGCGGCUGACGCAAAUGCGAGUGCACUCGGUAUCGUACUGGACGAAUUUCAACAUGACAACAUCAGCAGUCCAGUGUUCCUGACAGACGAAAUGAAACGCAUUUGUGGGGGGAAAGCGUUGAUCAUCCACAACGAUUCACUAUUCCAAGAGAAGGAUUGGAAGGGUAUUCGUCAUGUAGGACUUGGUGGCAAACAAGGCGACAUGGAUACGAUUGGGAGAUUUGGCUUAGGCUCACUGGUGAUGUUCCAUUUCAGUGAAGUGCCAAUGAUAGUCUCUGGAGGAUAUGUCUUGUUCCUGGACCCAUCCAGAAAGUACUUGCCUCGAAAUGGACAUCUCAAGCGAAGUGCUUUACACUUGCCCCUCUCGAAGCUUCAGGAUCUCUACGAUGGGCACCUCUCACGGCUUAACGGAAUAUUCGGUUUUUCUGCAGACAAGGAAUUCUAUGAUGGAACUUUAUUCUACCUACCUCUGCGGACCAAUUCUUAUGCAAGGCGCAGCAAUCUUUCCGCUUGCACUGUUUCCCCAAUCUUUUUGCACGAGUUGAUACGAGGUUACGAGGCUGAUGCACUAGAUUCCCUCUUGUUUCUUGGAGUGAAACACGUAAGUGCGCAUUGGCGCAAUUCAUCGGGAGUGGUCGAAGGACUUUGGGCGAUUUCUGCAGAACGAGGAGAUGUGCGUACGGAGGACGACUUCAGGUGCCACGAUGUUGUGAUGGCGCACGAGGGCUCACUAUCAAAGAACCAGGGUCAGGUCUGGCGUGUUGCUUCGAUGAAAUUAUGCGCCGAAGACGCACCUCCAGAGCUCCAGGAUCUCGUCGUGAGGCAUCAGCUCAAGGUCUUAGACGUUGGCCUUGCGGUAGUCAUAUCUCCAUCGACUACGAUGCCGACUCGCCCGAGGUUUUUUUCGAAGCUGCCUCUGCCGGUAUACACUUCUCUUCCGCUGCAUAUCCACGCAUCUUUCAUUUUAGCCGAUGAUCGACGAUCCAUUCGCUUUGAUGACAACGGCCAAUCUAACCCCGAGGCCGUGCUCAAUCGCUGGCUUCUUUCAUCUCGCAUUCCACUGCUUUACUUUUGGUUCCUAGAACAAUGGCCCCUAGCUAAGAGCAACUCAAAACUCUUUCCAGCGACCAAGGUGUCAGGAUCUGUCACAGAGGAUCCCUUGUCACAGGUAGUGGCUGAUGGCUUUUAUGAACUAUUGCCAGCCACCUCCAGGAAGGUUUUUCACAGUGUCUCAGGCAAACAUCUCCAACCCACGGAUGCUGUAUUCCUUCGAUCCCGUAUUCCCCCAGACACAAGCAGCAAGAUGCUUCUCGCCUUGAAACCGGAUGAGCUCGUCAAAUUUCCAUCGGCGCACUAUAGCAAGGCCCUGGAGACUGACGAGAGACUCAAGUGGGUUCAAUCUGAAUACGUCUGUCAGGUGAUUCGCCGAUAUCGGACAUCUUUCCUCAAUGCCUUCACCAGCCUGAGGCUCGAUGUCCGUGGCGUCCAGGAGAUAUUGAACGGUGUCCAAGCAGACCUUAGUCCUUCACAGAUUGCAGGUCUACCUCUUCUUCCACUCGCGAACGACACGCUAGCAGACAUCAACGACUCAUCACACACCAUGUUCUAUGCCAGCACACUACACGGUCGUCGAAGGCCCUGGCCUCUCUUUCCCUCUGACCGCUUUGUUCAUCCCGACUUCAGAGUGGAAAACAUUUUAGGGCACGGUCUCAACGUCUCAGAAUUCGAGGGUCCCGCUGUGGCCGAGUUCGUCAAGUCACGUCUCCCGAAAUCCAUCAGUUCCGUGAUGAACUGCAACAAAAAGGACGCUGCUUGGAUCCAAAGCUUUUGGCAGCAUUUUGAUAUUCUGGAUACAUCUAUCGAGCAUAUAUCAUCACUGGCACUAGUCAAAACCACUCACGCAGGCCAAUAUGUAUCAAUCAAACAUUGUCAGGAGACGGCUGCAGUUCUUGUCAUUCCGAUGAAUUUCUAUGAUCUAGAUCAUGUUCGCAAGGUGUUGGGGAAGAUGGGUGCGCUAUUCGUGCAGCUGGAUGACGACAAGCUCUCGCCGCUUCCGAGGCUAUUAAGCUCCAUCCCAUUCAGAUUCGGCCUCAUAAAGGUGCUCCGGUUCAUCACGUGGAAAUGCAAUGAUCUCGGGGGCGGAGGAAACAGCGUCAUGGGGCUGUUCUCUAGACUUUCUGAGGAGGAGUGUUCCGACUUUGCUCUUUGGGCAAGACAGGAGAUACAGGCUUGCAUCGUGGACACAUCUCCUGAUCUCAAAUCACUCAUAUGCCGUCUACCCAUCUGGCCCGCGCAAUGCGCGAACGUAGUCAGAUUGCGAGCUCUGUGCGAUCGAGAUGUGCAAGUUCUCCCACAGGCGUUCAAAGUGGAGCAUGCGGCCCACUUUCUUCAAGGAUCAAGAUACUACUACACAAGCGUGCCUCUCUCGGUUCUGACACGACUCGAAUCGGAGGUCAAACCCAAGACAAUACCUGUUAUGCUCUCUCGUUUGAAUGAUCUAAAGAUACUCCCCCCUGACGACGUAACCCUAUAUCAACACUUCCUCGACAGGCUCUUCUCCCAUUGUCAGUCGCAACUCUCAGAUGUAACCUUCAUAAGGGUCCCCAACAGCUCAUUGGUAAUGGUCAAUUCGAACACUUUGUACGCGGGAAGAGGAGUGGAUGCCUUCCGGGACAUAUUUUCUUCUCAUUCCCAAUAUCUGAUACAUCCCGAUUUUGCAAAAUACGAGAAAAAGCUCGAAAGCUUCGGUCUCAAAUCCAAACUCGACUUCGCGACGUUCAUGACAUGCGUGCAGACCUGGUGCCGCAGUGGAGGAUCCGCCGUUAACAGGCGACAGCAGGCAGCAGCCCUUUACAGAUGGUAUCAAGACUUGCCUAUGGAAAUCGGCGCUCAUAAGUAUAAAUGGAGUCAAUUGAAGAAUUAUGACUUUGUUCCUCGUCGCCAAAGCCUCCCGCGCUAUGGCUUGACCAAUAUUUUAUCUCAUCGGAUUGUUAAGCCUUUGCCAGAUAUCAUUUCCCCGAGCAACGUUCUUCGUCCAGAGCAUGAAGCUAUCGCUUGGACACAACGAGGACUAUUUGACGUAGUGCCUCACGAGCGUUUAUUCCUUGCCGACUUAUCUUUAGGCGUCCCUACUGUGGAAGAAGUGGUCGAGCACCUUCUCGUCCUGGCAUUGUGCGCCGCGGAAGAGUUCUCGGGAAAUGGAGAGGUCCUUCGAGAUCUGACCCAGACAUAUGAAUGGUUGAACCAACGCAGCAAAGAGGCCGGCGAUAUACUCCUGAAUUAUACCGACAAUGAUCUUUUCCUGAACGUGGACGAUCCCGAGAACGGUCCAUGGCGAUUCGCGAGUGCGAGUCAGCUCAUCUUCAAUGCCCCUGACGAGGACGAUCGCCAGAGUGUCCGCACGUUCCUGAUGCCCUUCAAGAAUCUUCUUCUUGCUGCCAAUGCCCACGAGAUCAAGCAGCUCGUCGCCCCACCCGUGGAGCGGCGCUCGCCAGAUGACCUGUUUUCGCGUUUGCGUUUUGCCAUCAACGAACAGCGGCUCAAGAGACAGCUCACCGACGCCCUGCUCGUUAGUACGGACGGGUCAGAGCUCCCUGUCCAUCGCAGCUUCCUUGCCGCAUCUGUGAAACAUUUCCGCGAUCUAUUUUGCGACUCUGGAUAUGCCGAAAGCUCCUCUUCUGCAUCCCCAGAUGAUCCGAUCCGUAUACUAGUAGAAGAAACGGGUGCAAUCAUACAAACCAUCGUCGACUUCAUCUACACCGGACGGCCUACGAUCAAAGAUGAACACGACCAAGGAGAACUACUGUCAGUUUUGAAGUUGGCACAUCUCUGGGGCAUCACCGAUCUGUACGCGGAGAUUGAGAGCAUGCUGGUAGCAACGAUCACACCGGGCACCUUUGCGGAUUUGCACAGAGACGCGAAGCUACUGGAGGCGCAGGUGCUGCAGCAGCAUUGCGAGACGUACGCGAAAGAGCAUUGGCAGGUAUUCAGGGAUCUGGGAAUUGCAACGGACUUAUAGAGCCAGGGCGUACAAUGGUGACUGCCAUGAUUACAAUUGGAACGGAUAGCGCAGAGAAGUGCUGAAUUGUAUCAUGCUA